UAGAGGUUUGCAAUGAUAGCCUGUUUCUUCAAUACUAACCAUUGCUAAGUAAAUUAACACUUUAUAGCAAAAGUUUAGAUUACUAGGUAUGAGAGAAAUGAGGGGCUCAGGGAGAGGAGGUGAGGUAGGAGACACUCGGAAACUUAGCCAUCCAUUACGCGAGUUUAGAGUCCGAAGAGUAAGAAUUGUGCAGAGGGUGUAUGCAAAGAAAUCGAAAAGCUUUCAUCUUCAACUUAAUCAAGCAAGUGAGCAGGACUUCAUAUCCUCUGCCCCAACUCAUGUGGUCUUUGUUUUCCUGAUUCAAUCACUGAUUGGCCUCAUCCAAGUGGAGUAUCAAAGCAAAAUUCAGUCACCAUUUGACACACAUCCGAUAAGUAUGUGGACUUCCUUUGGGGCAAUCUGCAUCUACAGCCUGGGACUUGCAACAAAGAUGGAGCCCAAAACUCAUAGCGCAAGCUACUCUAAAGUUCUCAGCCAUGUCAUUCUCAUUUCUGGAGUUCUUUCUUCAGCGUCCCUGGCAUCGACUUUACUCCCACGCUUUAUAAUAUGGGCCAUCUUACCUAUAAUGUUAGCAUAUAUACUGAAUAAGCAUGUGUACAAAUGGCUUUACCAAGAAAUUGUGAAAGCAAAUUACCAUGCAUGUGAAAUCCUUAAUAGGUUUCUCAAUAUGAUGCAGCGGCAACAUUUGCCCAUGUAACUUUUUUCUAUGGCCUUUAGUUUUGACAAGAAUGGUUUACA